AUGAAUCCAAAAAUCUCAGAUUUUGGGAUUGCUAGAGCUUUUGGAGGAGAUCAAUUACUAGCAAAAACAAAAAGGGUGAUUGGAACUUAUUACAUGUCCCUAGAGUAUGUCAUCGAUGGCCUCUUUUCCAUGAAAUCAGAUGUCUUUAGCUUCGGAGUGCUAGUUUUGGAAAUAGCAUGGAAAUUACUGAUUGAAGGGAAGGCCUUUGAGCUAAUAUAUCCACAGAUGGAGGAUUCAUUUCCAAUGUCUGAAGUAUUAAGGUGCAUACAGAUUGGCCUCUUGUGUGUGCAGCAAUGCCCCGAAGACAGGCCAAUGAUGUGCUCUGUGCUCUUAAUGUUUAAUAGUGAGGGCACAGUGUUGCCCCAGCCUAAGCAACCUGGUUUCUACCCGGAUAGAAGCCUGUGUGAGACAGAGUCUUAG